UAUGCAAGAUUAAUUUCUUAACCCUAUCUAUUUGUCAGCACAUCAAUUAGCAGAUCUCUUUAAUAAUUCUUAGCCUGACAUUAAAUCCUUUGACGAAUCCAAAAUUCUCUCAUCUAUUCAUCCUGAUUCACCAUCUCAAUAACAACACGAAUUCAGCUUCUCUGAAUUACAAUAAAUUAAUUCAAAUCACUCUAUUCCAGAUAAUCAUAUUGAAACUUCAAAUCUUAUUGUAACCAAAGAUUAAUAUUUACAAAUCAUAUCACAAAUUGAAUUUAAUAUCAAACUUAACUAAUAAUAUCAUCAAUUACUUAAAGAAAAUUAAGAACAAUUAUAAAAACGAAAAUAACUUGAAGAUCAAAAUUCAGAAAUGUUAGAUUCUAAUUUUCAAAUCAAAAGAGAAAUUUAAGAAAUUAAAUAAAAAUUGUUUAUCACUUAAAGUGCAUUAUAAUUGCGCAAAGAUAAAUAGGUUAUUGAACUCAAAAAUUAACUCAAAGAACUUUAGCAUAAAAUAUCUGAAAAAAGAGAUACUAUCUAAUCGAAUAACUUUACUGAAAAUAGUACUGUUGAAUCAGAAAAAUCAAAUUCAUAGUAUUGCAAUACUAGCAGAUUAGUUCGAGUUGAAUAAAGCUCUUCAUAUCAUUAAUCUAACAACCCUUUUAAAAGUAGAAACAAUUCAUUGAAUAAAUUAAUUAAGAAUUGA